AUGCGACCCGCUUUUGUCCUGGAUGAAGAAGGACCGACGAUGGCUGAGGUCCACCAGCUUUGGCAAGACAUUGGUCAGAUAGGCAAUCCAGCUCACGCAUCCAAAGUGGUUCGGCUCGCUCUCUGCAUCUCCUACAUCAUGAUCUUCUUGACCGUUGCUCUUCUGCUGGUCCUCAGUUUCAAGUCGAAGGAAAAGAAGCAACCCACCAAGUCUGACGAAGAUGAGGUGGAACCAGUGAAAGAUAUUCAUGCAAGAUGGAAGGUGGUAGUCUUGGAUGGCUUUCUUGCCCUUACUUGCGGCAUCCCUGGUGUAGCGUUCUUCUCGCUCAGCUACUUGUUCGUGCAGUACUCGUUAAGGUCGGUGCAUCGGAUAUUGGACCAACCGGGAAUGCGCUGGUGGGAAUGGUUGCAACAGCUGCUCAUUGAGAGUUUAUUGUGGGCAAACCUUGCCAUGCGCUGUUGCCGCGAUGUGCAAGUGUACCAUGGACAUUUGUUGGCAGUUGCAGGCGCAGUAGAGAAGAAUGGAAAUGCCAAGAGCGAGCUCUCAGGUGCUUUUGAGACCAUGGCCUUUGACCUCUUUGGCUCAGCAUGCUUUUUGACCUCCACUCUUCUUUGGCGCAUCUUGCUCAUCAACAUGCUCGAAGUCAGAAAGGUUGUCUCGCCCCACCGAACCCGUGCAUUGAAUGACAUGAAGGCACGAGCAAAGAUGACCUGGGUGCAUUUCUCAAAAAUUUGCCCUGAAAGCUUUCAAAACUUGGACGCGCAACGCAAGUACGUCGCAAACAUGGAGACGAUCAGGUCUCCCUUGCCAGGGAAUUGGAACCGGAGCUAUUCUGAUGUUGCCCUGGUUAGGGUGUCUUCCUUGGUCAUGCUCUUCGGCAUGCUAGGACUACACCUCGAGCAGCCCAAGCUAAGGCAAACAGACUGGUGUAGCAUCACAGUGCUUCCGACCCUUUGGAUCAUUGGGGUGCCCACCUUCCAAGCGACCUUUUUCUGGCUACGAAUUACUUCGGGUGUCUUGCGCCUCACAAGUGAGUUCAAAGAUCACUCGAACAGGCUGCUCAUACUUGCAGCGCUGACGAAGCCCCAUUUACCCCAGGAGUGGAGCAAGGCCAACCUACUUGCCCUUCGCGGCAUGGUGCAAGAGUGGGAAGAGAAGGGGAACGCGGUGGGCAUCGCCGUCAAUAAGAAAGAGCCUGUUGUGAAAGAAGACUUGGAGCUGGAUCUUGCAGAGAGCAUGGAUGAUUGGUGGUCCUUCCGUACCUCUUUGCAAACCGACUGCUUGGACAAGGCGGCCAUAGUGGAAUUCUGCAGCAUCGUGAUCGCCUUUCUGAUCUUCAACUUCGCAGCGGUGGGACUGUUGAGCUGGAUUGCCUAUCACCAGAUCCGAACCAUUGGCUUCGGGAUGAUUCUGGCUUUGUCUCUCGCGCUCAUUGUGAUCAUGCUACGGCUAUUGGAAGCAUGCGUCGCCACCAAUCUGCUGUUGGAAGCUGAUGCCGAACGUCUUCGCCUAGCUUCCCAAAAGUUGUUGGAGCCGAAGAAUGACGAGGACAAAACCACAAAAGAGAAGGAGACGAUGUCGCUUCACAACAAGGCAAUGUUGCUCCACGCGAUGGAGAGAAGCGCUUGUGCGCCCAACGACCGGCAACAGUUGUUUGGCAUUCCCGUGACUGAAAAUAUGCGUAGUGGCUGGAUCAUCUCUCUGGCAUUAGCCUUCGCCACAUCUGCAUGGAAUGUCCUGAAAAGCUACCUUGGCCAGCUGGAUGUGUAUGAGGAGAUCAUUUUCCAAGUCCGCAAGUGGCAGCUGGCCAAGCUGCUGGGAGUCUAG